AUGGAACCCCAACAACAGCCAAAUGAAGAGAAUGGCAGCAGUGGGAAAGAAGGGUUUGUUUGUAGGCAGAGUAGUACACGGUGGACACCCACCACUGAGCAGAUCAGAAUAUUGAAAGAACUUUACUACAACAAUGGGGUUAGGUCCCCCAGUGCGGAUCAGAUUCAGAGGAUCUCCGCUCGGCUUAGACAGUACGGGAAAAUCGAAGGCAAGAAUGUGUUUUAUUGGUUUCAGAACCACAAGGCUCGUGAGAGGCAGAAGAAAAGGUUCAACACCACCACAACUACUGAUCAUCAUGUCCCCAUGCAAAGACCUAAUGCUGCUGCAAAUGGUAAUAACAGCAAGCUGUAUCCCACCAUAACUCCAGGUUAUUCUUCUUCUUCAAAUGGUGUGCUUACUGUUGGGCAGAUUGGGAACUAUGGGUAUGGUAGCAGCAGUGGUGGUACAUCUUAUGUUUUCUUUGACAAGAAAAGAUUCAUCGGAGAAGAUGAUUAUGAUGUGUGA